AUGAAGACUCUCAACUCUCCUAUGGCGCCCGCGGGCGCUGUGACUUCACAUGCUGACUAUGAACCACGCCGGUCAACUCGCAUGAAGUUCAAGAAUCCGGAUUACAAGGGAGCAACAUCGUCCAGUGUUCCUGUUCUGUCCUCUGUGAAGCCAUCUUCAACACGUCCAAAGUUGACUUCAACCGACAAUGUCGAGGCAAUUGUUAACCCCGUGGCCUCAGCUGAAGCGGAAAGGUCAAAACCUUCCUCGGGUCAAGAACCUGCAACCUCAUCUCUGAAGAGGAAAAGGCCUGUUUCCAAGACAUCUGCGCUCAAGGCAAACGCCAAGGCAACUGCGAAGUCUACCAAGACAAAAAAUACCACCAAGAGAAAGAGAACUACCAAGGCAGCAAACGCCGCAGUGAAGAAUCCUUCCAAGACGGCAGCUACGAGAAGUCCUCGAAUCAAACCCGAACAGUCGUCGUUACUAUUCCAGGCUUCUGACAAACUCCCGCAUAAUCUGGGCUCACUUCCAGGCUCACUUGCGACAGACAAGGUUCCUGCACGCUCGCCCAAUGGCUCCGAUAAAGAAAACCGAGGUUUAGAUGCGUCUGCUGAGCACCUCGAGGGAGCAGGAAAUGAAGCGGAUACACAAAUCAAACCAAUCAAGAAAAAGUCCAAGUCGCGUGUCUCGUAUGGGUUGACAGUUGGCAAGACACCGUAUCCUGAAUUUCUGCGGCCUACUGCAGCAGAAUGUGAGGAGGUCAAUCGACUCUUAUCUGAGAUCCAUGGCGAAGUGACUGUACCCAAGACCAUCCCAGAGCCUUCACUUACUGUCACCGGCUGCGGUGAAGUUCCCUCGGUCCUUGAUGCACUCAUCCGUACGUUGCUGAGCGGAGCAACCAGCGGCGCCAACUCUGCUUUGGCCUUUAAUGGUCUGGUGAAGCGUUUCGGUAUUCUCUCAGAAGGUAUCGGCAAAGGAAGUGUGAACUGGGACGCUGUUCGACAAGCUCCUCUGAAUGAUGUCUUCGAAGCAAUCAAGAGAGGUGGCUUGGCAGCUGUCAAGAGCAAAAACCUGAAGGCGAUUCUAGACCAAGUCUACGAAGAGAAUCAGGAGCAGGUAAAGCGUUUGGAGGCCGAGGAUCCAUCAGCUGACGACAUGAACCCCAAGAUGUCCCCAGAAAAUAUGGAGAAUGAAAAGGCGUAUCGACUUGCCUGUACCGACCAGCAUUUUCUUUCUCUGGAUCAUAUUCACAAGCUCUCCACGCCAGAAGCCAUGGCUGCGCUAGUCAAGUAUCCCGGUAUCGGUCCAAAGACAGCCGCAUGUGUGUGCCUCUUUUGUCUGCAGCGGCCGUGCUUUGCAGUCGAUACCCAUAUCUUCCGCAUCACCAAAUGGCUUGGUUGGGUUCCUGACAAUGCUUCCGAAAUCACCGCGUUCAGCCACUUGGAAGUCCGCAUCCCGGAUCACCUCAAGUACCCACUUCACCAGCUGUUCAUCAAGCAUGGAAAGACCUGUCCCCGAUGCCGUGCCAUCACAGGUGAAACUAGUGUCGGCUGGGAACAAGGCUGUGCCAUCGACCAUCUGGUGAGGCGGACCGGAGCCCGCAAGGGCGGUCCACCUCCCAAAAAGAAGUCGAAGGUUACAGGCCGUGUCAAGAGAAAGGUUUCCGCAGCAACUCCUAGCGCUGCAAACACAAAUGACCCCAAGGCUGCUGUCGCUGUCACCCCCACAGCCUCGAGGAGGAAUCCUUCACGCAAAGCAUCGUCUCAGGUACAGGUCGUGAUUGAGUCAACUCCCUCAGACCUUGAUGAAUCGUCAACUCCUGCUCCGCCAACUACAGCAGAGUCGGCUAUUGUCGAAACUGCUGCGGUGACCUUGUCUCCCACUACAAUAGGCCAAGUGGCAAAUUCUUCAUCUCUUUCUACUCCAACUCCGGAGGAUAAAACCUCCCGCGCCUCUAAUAUCAAGAAGAAACCGACCCCUCAAAGGCGCAAGGCCAAAAGAAGGACUGCUCGCAAGUCUACGGCCAAGGGCAAAGGAAGGAAAGCUGGCUCCUAG